AGCAUGUCGGCCGGCGGACCGCCGGUCCUGCCGCCUCCGAACCCCGCCGUGUCCUUCCCCGCACCCCGGGUCACCCUCCCGGCCGGCCCCGACAUCCUGCGAACCUACUCGGGCGCUUUCGUCUGCCUGGAGAUUCUGUUCGGGGGACUCGUCUGGAUUUUGGUCGCCUCCUCCAACGUCCCUCUCCCCCUGCUCCAAGGAUGGGUCAUGUUUGUGUCCGUGAUGGCUUUUCUCCUGUCCCUCCUCUUCCUGGGCCUGUUCCUCUCUGGCAUGGUGACUCAGAUCAAUGUCAACUGGAACUUCCUGGACUUUGCUUACCAUUUUACAGUGUUCGUCUUCUACUUCGGAGCUUUUUUACUAGAAGCAGCAGCCACAUCCCUGCAUGACCUCCACUGCAAUACAACCAUGACUGUGGAACCGCUCUUGACUGAUGGCCAGUAUAACAUAAACGUAGCAGCUACAAUUUUUGCCUUUGUGACGACAGCUUGUUAUGGUUGCAGUUUGGCUCUGGCU